CGAGUCGGCUGUGAUCCCCAGGGAGUCCCCAGAAUUUAAUACCUCCCCUCCUAACUUCCACCACCAUCUUCAAUUUCCACCGCCACCACCACCUUCAACCUUUCCGCUCCCUCUCUUUUCUCUAUCUCUUUCCCUCUAAGCGUUAUUCAGAAACCAGGGCUUACCGUCUGCAAUGGAUGGUGUUCCUGAAAUUCCUCCAUUCUUCAUCUGUCCGAUCUCUCUGCAGAUCAUGAUGGACCCUGUUACAGUCUGCACCGGCAUCACAUACGACAGGGAGAGCAUUCACAAAUGGCUCCUCGCUUACAAGAAGAAGACUUGUCCUGUUACAAAGCAAGUGCUAACGGACCAUUCACUGACACCCAACUCCACCCUCCUCCGUCUGAUCCAGUCAUGGCUUGGCGACAACCCCUUGGCCGGCCAAGCCGAGGGCCUGCUGGAGACGACCCCCACCAUCGACGGCGAGAACGUCCGGAAGCUCAUAGACGGGGCCAAAUCCCCAGUUUCCGAUCAAUUGAAGGCUCUUAGGAAGAUCAGGUCUCUACUGAAAGAGAAUGAAUCCAAUAAGAGGUUGAUGGAGGAAGCAGGUUUGGCUCCGGUGAUGGCUUCUCUUGUAGCGGAGAAUUACGCUCAAGACGUCGCCAGCCAGUUUGAUCAGAGUGAAAUCAUUGGGGAAGAAGCAUUGAGCACUCUUUCUCUCCUUCAUCUGUCACCAGAGACAGCCACUCGUCUUGCCGGUAUGGACCUCAUAACGUGCUUGUCAUGGGUAUUACAGAGAGGGAGUUAUAAUGCUAGAGUACACGCUGCCACUGUCUUGAGAUCCGUCUGCAAAUCCGUUCAACAGAACUACUUGAUGUCUCUACAAACGGAGCUGUUCGACGGAAUCGUGGAAAUCUUGAAGGACCAGAACUCGAACCAGGCGACGAUGGCCGCACUUUCGAUACUCAUGGAGGUCUGCCCAUGGGGAAAGAACAGGAUAAAGGCAGUAGAAGCAGGCGUUGUGCCUGUUGUCGUGGAAUUCCUGGCUGAGAAUAAUGAGAGAAGGAAGUGCGAGAUCAUGUUGGGAGUGCUCGAAUUGCUGUGUGGUAGAGCGGAGGGCAGGGAAGCCUUCCUCGCUCACCCUGCCAGUGUUGCAGUUGUGUCGAGGAAGAUCUUUAGGGUUUCUCAUGUCGCAAAUGAGAAGGCAGUGAGAGUGCUGCUGUUGGUUUCCAAGUAUUCAUCGUCUUCUUCUCUGAUCCAAGAAAUGGUCGACAUGGGUGCUGUUUUCAAGCUGUGUAUGGUGCUACAGACAGAAUGCAAUUUGAAGACCAAGCAGAAGGCCAAGGAGAUACUAAGACUACAUUGGAGGGCUUGGAAGGCAUUCCCCUGUGUUCCGUUUCAUGGAUUAUCAUCUGUCCUUAGAGCAGUUGGUGAAAGCAGUUCAUAAUUAAGCUUCAUUAGCAUUGCUCUUUAUCUUUUUUUUUCUUCCUUUUUUACUGCAGUUGCUUCAAAAGUCUCUUUGAUGCAAUUGUAUGGUUCUUAGGGAUUGAUAUGUAGAAGGCAAAGAACCAGUGCUUGAGGCACAAAAUUAAGGUGCUCUCCUUAUUCAGCAUGUUCUAAGCUGGAGUUCCGCAUAAUAUUCAACCAGAUCUUAAGAACCCUAGUGGCUCUCUUUGGACAAUAUGUACAUAAAUCCAAUUCCUGUUUCAAAAUGUGCAUAUGUAA